UCUAACAUCCAAAUGGGUAUGUAAACUGGGUUUCUUAAAGAAUCUUCUAGACUUUAAUGAUGCGCUCUCUUGACAUUCAGCACACACAAAGCCCUCCUUCCUUGUCCCCCUUCUUCCAUUACACUAUUUUCCUGGCUGUGGCAUUGGCAGCACCUAGAAACAGAUCAGAGGCUUCUCCAGCCUAUUCCAGAGGUAAAAAAAUACCCCCAAGUCCAAAUGCCGAGCAGGGAAAUUGCAGGCAGCCAAAAGAAGCACGACUGGGAAUCAUUCUUGAUAAAGUGAAAGGUGCCCCACCAGGCAAUGGGGCCAUCCGACUAACAGGUUACCAUCAGAAAACUGGUGAGGUGAUUUGCACCAGUAAUUCAGGAUUUAAUUAUUGCACUAAUUUCAUCAGAUCAGACAUCAAACACAAUUAUUUCAUAUUUGGAGAGGAACAGGUAGUAUUUUGGAAUGUUAUGCCACAAGAAGAUAUGAUCCUUGUUGCUCGCUUUUAUCACUGCCCCAAAGGAAGGGAAGCAUCCACAUUCAGGGACAACAAACUCACUUCCCAUUAUCCAUCAUUAGGGAGUGAACAAUGGUUAGCUGCCUGGGCUGUGUUCAGACUAAGCAAGCGAUUUGAAUCCUGUGAAGUGAUGUUUGCAGGUGCAAAGAAGGAAGAGGAAUCCAGAAUGACUACGUGGAAUAUUGGCACUCAUACAUUAUCUCUGUAUCAAUGUCCUGUGCCACCUAUAACAGUUUUGCCCACUGUGCCAGCAGAAAACAAGAUGUAUGGUGAUGCUACUUUGAGACUACACAUCUUUAGUACCCAAAAACCUGAGCUGCCUUUCCCACCAGAGUUACCAGCCACACUUGAUCCUACAGAAGCCUGACCUCAUGCAGGUGCUAGAGGAAGAAUAUAGUAGUUUGCUGUUGUAAAUUAGAAUGGCUGGGAUUCAUCUAUCCCACAUAGAAUUAGUAGAAGAACCCAAACGUUCUUUUUGGUUAUCUGUCAGCCUCUGCUUUGCUGCUGCUUCAGCUGCCAUUGAAACGGGGAGGGGGGGCAUGGUAUUUGGGAAGGGAA